UCCAGCCCGCAAAGAUAUAAAGCUCCGCGGAGUCAGAAGAGGCGCUGAGAGCGUCGCUCCUGCGCUGGAGCACGGGCUGCUAGAGCGCGCGCUCCGUCCGUCCUGCCGUCCGUCCCUUCCUCCCUCCCUACCCCACCCCCCCAACCGGCGGCUCCGCGCGCGGACUCAGGAUGGAAUCGGUGGCGCUUCUGCGCGGAGCAUCUCGCAGCCCGACACGAGUUCGCUGAAUAAACAAGUUUUCUGGGAGAUUUUCUUCAUGUAAACUCAAGAGCCGCUGUCUCACACACCAUGAGCAACAUCUACGAGUCGGCGGCCAACUCGCUGGGCCUCUUCAGCAGCCCGUGCCUCACCAAGGUGGAGCUGCGCGUCGCCUGCAAGGGCAUCUCGGACCGGGACGCGCUGUCCAAGCCGGACCCCUGCGUCGUCCUCAAGAUGCAGUCGCACGGACAGUGGCUGGAGGUGGACAGGACGGAGGUGAUCCGGAGCUCCAUCAACCCCACCUUCUCCAAGGUGUUCACCGUGGACUUCUACUUUGAGGAGGUGCAGCGACUGAGGUUCGAGCUCUACGACAUCAGCAGCAGCCACAACGGGAUCAAGGAGGCCGACUUCCUGGGGGCCGUGGAGUGCACGCUGGGCCAGAUUGUGUCCCAGAGAAAGCUCUCCAGAAGCCUGCUGAAGCAGGGCAGCUCCGCGGGGAAGUCCUCCAUCACGAGUGUGAAAAUAAGCAGGGGACUGUUCUCACAGAGCCGAUACUCGCGCCCGCGUCUGAGUGCAAUCAUAGCCGAGGAGCUGUCAGGAAACGGUGACUACGUCGAGCUCUCGUUCAGCGCCAGGAAGCUGGAUGACAAGGACUUCUUCAGCAAGUCAGACCCUUUUUUGGAGAUCUUCAGGGUGAACGACGACGCCACACACCAGCUGGUGCACAGGACGGAGACCAUCAUGAACAACCUGAACCCUGUGUGGAAAACCUUCAAGGUCUCGGUGAACUCACUCUGCAGCGGCGACCACGACCGCAAGUUGAAGUGCACGGUGUGGGACUGGGACUCCAACGGGAAACACGACUUCAUCGGUGAAUUCGAGACGACGUUCAAAGAGAUGCGAGGAGCGAUGGACGGAAAACAGAUGCAGUGGGAAUGUAUAAACCCCAAGUACAAAGUGAAGAAGAAGAACUACAAGAACUCCGGUAUCGUCAUCCUGAACCAGUGCAAGAUCAUCAAGAUGCAUUCCUUCCUGGAUUACAUCAUGGGCGGCUGCCAGAUCCAGUUCACAGUGGCCAUCGAUUUCACGGCCUCCAACGGGGACCCGCGCAACAGCUGCUCGCUGCACUACAUCCACCCGUACCAACCCAACGAGUACCUGAAGGCCCUCGUGGCCGUCGGCGAGAUCUGCCAGGACUACGACAGCGACAAAAUGUUCCCAGCGUUUGGCUUCGGAGCCCGGAUCCCACCCGACUUCAAGGUCUCUCAUGAUUUUGCUGUGAACUUCAAUGAGGACAACCCAGAGUGUGCAGGUAUCCAGGGCGUGGUCGAGGCGUACCAGAACUGCCUGCCCAAGAUCCAGCUGUACGGGCCCACCAACAUCGCCCCCAUCAUCCAGAAGGUGGCCAGCUCUGCCUCCAGGGAGAUGCAUGCCAAGGAGGCCAUGCAAUACUUCAUCCUGCUCAUCCUGACGGACGGCGUCAUCACGGACAUGGCGGACACCCGCGAGGCCAUCGUGCACGCCUCCCACCUGCCCAUGUCCGUCAUCAUCGUGGGUGUGGGAAACGCCGACUUCGGCGACAUGCAGAUGUUGGACGGUGAUGACGGCAUCCUGCGCUCGCCCAAGGGGGAGCCCGUCCUCAGGGACAUCGUCCAGUUCGUUCCCUUCCGCAACUUUAAACACGCGUCCCCCGCAGCGCUGGCCAAGAGCGUCUUGGCCGAGGUUCCCAACCAGGUCGUCGACUACUACAACAGCAAGGCGAUCAAGCCCAAGUGCGCCUCCGACUACGAGUCUUCCAGGACCUUCGGCCCCUAGCGGCCCCUCGCGGGCCCCGGCGCGGCUCGCGUUACACAUACAGCACGUUUCGGUGAUUUUGAAACUAACGUAUUUUUUUGCAUGUGUGGUCACUGCAGCUCGUGUGCGUGACCCCGUUGUACCAAUAAACGACAUUUGUAUGGAGAAAAAAUAACAGAGUAAGAGGUUAGACCCACUGAAUCCUUUACGUCCAGUAAAAGCAUGUCGCCCCGGAGUUUGUUGAACGUACGAGGUGCGUGUGCGUGUUUGUUUUUAUACGAGUUUGUUGAGAUUUCUUACAUUUCGUAAUAUUCUUACAUUGUAAAGCAUUUUGGAUCACUGGCGAACGACUAGCGAUGUGUUGUAGCGUCAUUGGCAUCGCCCAAGCAGC